AUGUCUUGUCUUGAUAUCCAGCUCGUUGCUCCUGCUAUCCACAAUGUCAAUACCCAGUGCCAUGAGAAGCAUGGCAUUUCUGCUUUGGCGGGACUUGUCGUUCUCUCGGUGACUGCCUCAUCGCCCCUGAUCAAUGUGACCAAGACCCACGUUCGAAUGAUUCAAGUUAUAAGACCUACAACUGAUAGCAAAAACAAUCGGCGGACUUUGUGCCCUUCAUUUUGCAUGAUAGAAAAAUCGCCCCAACCGGGUUCAACGAUUGAACGAACCAUUCGAGACGUUGCCCUGCCGACAUUCUCCAAUGGAGGAUUUGAGAUUUAUCCAAGGCGGAUUGUCUCAGAAUUUCCUUUCCACUUUGAUCUUCCAACAAACAUACCCGGAACGACAAAAACACCUCUUGGAACCAUCAGCUACGAGAUCGAAGUCAAGGCGACGACAUCACAACAUGGGACUUUCACCCAGCGCCGAUCCGUCGAGCUCAACCGCCAGAUGAUUCUGUCGGAACCGACAAAGACUCAACAUCACCUAUACUUCCAAAAAUCGAACACCAUCCGAGGGAUGACGCUGUCACAGAACUCGACACCGAGAUCUGGACCAAGGAUCUCAUUUACUGCUACGAUCCGUACUCACUGGGAGACAGCCCCAGCAGAUCGAGAAACAGAGCUCUGCCAUCUUGUGGUGCGAGAGCUGAGGUGGCAAGCUGAAGAGGUCAUCAAGAUCAUGAGCAAGUCUACCAGCCCAGAUGAGAAAUAUUCUGUCUGCGAGCGACAGUUGGUCCGCAAGUUGUGUGAUGGACAUACGAAAGGGUAUUGGGGAUAUGGUUGCAAUCCAUACGUUAAACAGUCUUACGGACUGGAAUUUGAGGGAAAGGGAGAAGAAAAACCAGCAAUUUGUAUUCCAUUUGCUUUCACCAUCCCAAAACGGGCACUGGCUGUGGAUGAUAUUGACUUGGCCGCAUAUGAGAUUGGAGUGGAUGGGGCUGACCAGACCCCAAACUGCGGUCAUCCUGAGAAAUAUCCCUUCUUCUCAGCUGGAAAAGUCACGAAGGGAAUCACUGUUCAUCAUCAGCUAAAGAUUGAACUUGUUACGGGGGAAGAUGUGUUCCAUAAAGGUACUCGCAAACUGGUAGAACGGAAACGUUUGCGAACCAUUGUAUGUCCUGCAAUUCCGUUGAGUGUUUGUGAAGUAUCAUUAUAG